AUGGAAGUGGAUGACAGGAGGCAGGCAAACAGUCUGGCAGAGAGCGUGGGGCUGCAGGACUUUCCGUCCAACGUUCUCAUAAACAUCUUUGCAAAGGCCUGCCCUUCCCCCUACGACCGCCGCUUGCUGUUCGGGCUCUCGCUCGUCUGCAAUAAGUUUGCUGGCGUGCUGAGGCAGCCCAGCGUGCUCUGGAACGUUAUGCUGCUCUCCCUGCCCAGGCAAGCUCCCAGCCUCCCAUCUGCCAAAGCAGCCUUGGACCAACUGCUGCAGGAGGGUCCGCGGCUGGCGAGCUUUGUCGCGUGGGCGCUGCCGCGCGCAGCUGGUGUGAGGGAACUCACAGUGCGCUUCACGAAUCACCACCAGGCGAUGAAAUUUCAGGUGCUGGUAGGCUUGUUUGGGGUCUCUCUGCGCACCCUUGGGCUCAGCCCGGGCUGCCACGGCGCCGUCCCGCUGCAGCAGCCGACCAUCAACCUCAUCGGAUACUGCACCGGAUUGGAACGGCUGGAGCUGACAUCAGACGGGGUGAUGACGCGCGAUCUCAGCCCGCUGUCGCUGCUGCAGAAGCUGCAGCUGCUGCAGAUCACCAGCUUCAACGACCCUGUGCGCUACCCCAUUCCCCCAGCCGUCCUCACAGUAACCUCGCUGCGGGAGCUUUCCAUGCGAGCGCUCGGCCUGAAUCUCAUCCAGGAUGCUGUAUCCUCGCUGCAGGAUCUAGAGGUAUUGGAGAUUGUCGGCGCACGAGGGCUGAGGAUACAGGGAGGUUUGGGCCAGCUGGGGAGCCUGAAAGAACUGGAAUUAAAUGCCUGCGAGAUGAGUCUGGAUCUGAGCGCAGCGCAGCAGCAGCAGUCUUGGUGCCCAUCCUUGUCGGGGCUCACCAGCCUUACUAGCUUGAGUUUCCUUGCGCCGCGCAAUUUCGGGCUAGUGAUACCUCCGCCCGUAACGGAGCUGGUGUCCCUGCGCCGCCUGAAGCUGCUGCGGGUCGUGUCCAAGCAGUUUGCGCCGCUGCUGCUUCCCCCUGGCUUUGCCAAUCUUGGCGCCACUCUCACCGAGCUUGUGCUGGAGUGCACCGAUUGGCCCGCCAUCCCACAGGCGGUGUUUGCACUGACGGGCCUGCGGCUGUUGGCAAUCCGCGCGAGCGGCCUGCGCAAGCUGACGGCUGAGGUGGCGAUGUUUGGGGCGCUGCGACGGCUGGACCUGUCGCGCAACCGCGAGCUGGACGUGCGCGACGACAUUCCCUGGGCCGGCAUGACCGCCCUGCGCUCCCUCGACCUAUCCGAGUGCCGCCACCUGCGCGUGACGACUGGGCUGGUGGGGCUGGCAGAGCUGCCGGCGCUGAAGAUGGUGAGCCUGCACGGCUGCACCGCGGCAACGCAGGCGGCCGACACAGCCCUCAACAAGCUGCUCAAAGCGCUGAAGAGUGCCCGGCCGCAGCGUGUGAAGGUCAUCAUUCUGCGCAAGGAUGUUGACUACACCCUGCACGACGUGGACGACAUGGAUGUGUCGUAA